GGCCAACAGUCUUAUAAUAACAGGCAGCCAGGGUCGAAUGACUUAAACGUCUACCGAAUGGCGACCGUUUCGUUACAGGAGCCAGGACUAGUCGUCGGUCUGUUCCUGGGAGCACCUCUGCUGCUUUUCCUCUACAUUUUGUAUUACGCAAUAUCCUUGCACACCACUUCCGUGGAGGGCGUAAGAGUUCCGCGAGGAAAUUUCUGGCUGCUGCCGUUACUUGGGGAGUCAAUAAGCGCGCUCACCGUUCCGCCGAAACAAUUCAUAGACCGUCAGACACGAAAGUAUGGAGCGAUGUUUACGACCCACAUUGGCGGAGAUCCGAUGAUCAUGACAACGGAUGUGGAUCUAACCAGGUGGGUUUAUCAGCAGACAAACAGGCUCUUCUCGGUGCUCUCCCCCAAAGCGACCUAUGAACUCUUGGGGCACGAGUCCAUCUUCUACGCCAAAGGAGAUCACCAUUUGCGUCUCCGAAAGGUGUUCGCAGGAUACCUUUCUACUCAAAAACUGGUACCGUUCACCCCAAGGAUCGAUAAAAUGGCCGCUUCGAUCAUGGAGUCGUGGAAGCGCAAGGAGCGCGUCAUUGUGUUCGACGAGGCUAAGAUGUAUGCUAUACAUCUAGCAUUGGCUCAACUGAUUAGCAUAGACACUCAAGAAUAUCCUUGUAUGGACCACAUCUUCGCCCACGUCCCUGGAGAAAAUCGACUGGAGAAGCUAGUUUAUUUGCAUUACGACAUUGAGUCUGGAAUGAUGUCAGUGCCGCUGAACAUUCCAGGCACAGCGUACCAUAAAGCCAAUAAGGCCAAAAUAUUAUUUAGGAAAGCAUUGAAGGUAAUCAUCAACGAAAGAAGGACUGGGGACGUGAAAUGCAACGAUCUUCUGGAGGGGUUGCUGUCUCCGCUGGAGGAUGGGACACUGCUGGAUGAUGAACAAGUGAUGGACAACGUGAUAACUGGGGUUGGGGCAGCGGAGGUCACCACCACGACGGCUCUUGUUUGGAUGGUCAAGUGGAUUCAAGAGAAUCCGGAGCUUCAUCGCGAACUUCAGAAUGAGAUGGAUGCUAUCAAAAAAACGAAAGCCAAUGGAGAGGAAUUAACGUAUGACGACAUCAAAAAGAUGAAUCUUACUCUCUGGACCAUGUACGAAACGUUGAGAUUGCGCAAGGUAACGGGUUUCUUCAUUGCAAGAACGGCAGACCAGGACGUACGAUACAAAGACGUCGUUAUCCCCAAAAAUUGGGUGGUCGCCAUGACGCACGGAUAUCACCUGGAUCCAAACUACUAUCCUGAGCCAGAGAAAUUCAACCCUUACCGUUUCCAGACGAUGCCUCCAGCCCACACCUUUACGCCAUUCGGAGCUAGCGUGAGGCUCUGCCCAGGAAAAGAGAUGGCCAAGAUUGAGAUCCUCACCUUCAUGUAUCACAUGCUCACUUCAUUUAGCUGGGAGCCUGCUGAGCCCGAGGGAGAGACCAUCUGGCAUUUGUUUCCGCACCCCAGAAACAAGCUGCCGAUCAAAGUCACACCUCGGACUUGACGAUGCCAUGACUCCGGGAUCUAGAAACAAGGAUUGCUCGGUCCUUGAGAAGGACCCCAUUUGUAGAUCAUGAGAUUCCAUGCGCCUUGCGCUGUUGCUUGUAUGCAUGUACACCACUACAGUGAAAUGGUUUUAAUGUCUUUAUUACCAUGAAAAAUUUACAAACACAACAUGCUGCACCUAUUCCAAAUCUUAAUUAUACAUGCAUAUAUACGUACAGACAGAUGGAAGUUUACAGAAAUGUACAGUAGUUUUUUCAAAUGUACGCUGUUGCAAGUGGAAUCUGUACUGUAGCAUAUAAAUGGCGAUGCUUUCUCCACCAACCUUAGGUGAAGUAUAAUUGUGUACUCUGUAACGCACGGUGCAGCUUUUAGCACUUUUAGAUAGCUGAUGCGAUUUGUUUCUUUUUCUUUUUAAAUCUCCUCUUUCUGUGGUGUUGGGGAUUUUCAGUAAAGGAUAACAAAGCAAAAAUUGCUUGUUACUAAGAUUUAUUGGUUUUUUGAGGAAAUAAAUUGGUUAAAAUCAAA